CACUUGUGUCGGUGGCUCCAACAAAUUACUUCCAUUGCCAGCAAGAACUAGCUGACAUCAAUAGACGUUGGCAGUCGUUCCGAAAAAAACCUCCCUGUCCCUGAACACCAACGUAAUCUCCACACUGAUCAUCAUGUCGUUGCUCACUCGCGCUGUUACAUUUGCUCGUCCAAGUCUUGCAAACGCCGCGUUUCGUGGUUCCGUCGCCUCGAACAAGGCUGUCGGUUCGUCUCCCCUAGCUGGUUUGUCCAGGAAAUCCUACAUGACAUACUCGAUGCUUCCAGAAGAGCAUCGUAUGAUCUACGAAAUGUGCCGCAAUUUUGCGAACGAAAAGCUGGCACCGCAUGCCGGAGAGUGGGAUGAAAAACACAUGUUUCCGAAAGACGCCGUAACUCAGUUGGCGGAACUGGGUCUCAUGGGAAUUAACACUCCGGAAGAGUUCCAGGGAUCAGGACUGGACGCCAUGUCCUACGCCAUUGCGAUGGAAGAAAUCUCUCGUGGAUGUGCUUCGGUUGGAGUCAUUAUGAGUGCACACAAUUCCCUCUACCUGUACCCAGUUCAGACGUUUGGUACAGACGCGCAGAAAGAAGAAUGGGCGGCACCCUACGCAGUGUGCGACGAUGGCUCGGGCGGCAAACUAAACAUUGGCUGCUUCGGUCUUUCGGAACCAGGAAAUGGUAGUGACGCUGGUGCUGCCGCUACGACGGCGACACUCGAUGGGGAUGAAUGGGUUGUGAACGGAACCAAAGCUUGGAUUACGAAUGCGCACGAAUCUGGAGCUGCUAUAGUUUUUGCAACGACCGAUAAGUCACUCAAACACAAAGGAAUCUCUGCUUUUAUUGUUCCAAUGGACGCUCCCGGUUUCUCGUUGGGGGCCAAGGAAGACAAACUCGGCAUUCGGGCCUCGUCGACGUCAAACCUGAUUAUGGACAAUGUCCGUAUUCCCAAAGAUAAUUUGCUCGGAGAGCCCGGAAUGGGCUUCAAAAUUGCCAUGCAGACAUUGGAUGGUGGUCGCAUUGGAGUGGCCGGACAGGCGUUGGGUAUCGCGUCGGCAUCGAUCGAUUGUGCCGUGAAGUAUGCCUUGGAGCGUCACGCCUUUGGCAAACCGAUUUCUGAGCUGCAGUCCAUACAAAACAAAAUUAGCGCCAUGACGGUGGCUCGGGACUCGGCUCGGCUGUUAACGUGGAGGGCUGCUCAGCUCAAAGACAACGGGGAACGCUUCACGAGAGAAGCCGCCAUGGCCAAGCUUGCGGCAUCGGAAGCGGCGACCAUGUGCAGUCACCAAGCGAUACAGAUUUUGGGCGGAGCGGGCUACGUUCGAGACUUUCCAGCGGAACGGCAUUAUCGUGAUGCCCGAAUCACCGAAAUUUACGAAGGUACGAGUGAAAUCCAACAUUUGGUGAUUGCCAAUGAUGUUUUGAAGGAGUACAAGAAUUCCAAUUGAAUAUAAAAGGAAUCGACAAGUAAGUGAUACCGAAGCCAUUGCUCGUUUCUAAGCACGUAGCGAUAGGACAAAGGCCUAGAUAUUGAGUUUGGCUGAGCUAGUGGUCAACCAUUUAGCAGUAGCUAUCGAUAACAGUAUUCUCCUGCGGAAACAACCC